AACACACCACCACGCCUCCGUUUUCCGUCUCUCAUUUCUCAGGCGCUCACCCUUCUCUCUCUCUAACUCCUCUCUCUCUCUAGAUUUCACAAAACCAAUAAUACCCGCGCGCUUACUCUCUCCUCCAUUGCACAUGUCCCGACUCUAUAAAGGCUUCCCUUUCUCAAGCAAAAGACAACCUCCUGUGAUUUGAUUCCAUAAAGAAAGAGAAACACAGGGAGCAAUGGACCGCUCUAACAGGCGGCCCUCUACCUCUUGCUUCAGAGGAGUGCUCAGUUCUUACUGGCCCUGCAUCAUCACCCUUUGCCUUUUCGGUCUAGCCGUUUUUGUCGUCUCCAACUUCCACAAAGGUCCAGAUACUGGAAAACCGGACUGGAGUUUUACACGCAAUUUUAAGGAGCAAGUUGGUCUACUUAAAUCAAAUGAGAAUGCUGAGUUACGUAUGAUAUAUGUAGAUGCAUCUGGUAAUCUUCGUGUUUACAAAACGAAAGUAAAGGAUCUGUCUCCAUCUUGGAUUCCGCGGGAUCGCUCUGAUGUACAGAAUAAGCCUUCAGCAUAUCAUAAGAGCGGAGAAGAGGUGUCACUUGAGAAUGCUGAAAGUAAACUAGAUGGCAGUGAUCAGAAUACCAUCUUUGUAGAAGGAUAUGGCAAUAUCUCACUGACAAACCAAACUAAUCCGGUUAAACUGGAACGUCGGUACAACCGAACUUUAAGGAAGGAAAAACGGACUGCGUUUCUCACGUCAUUGGAUGAUUAUACAGUGCAUAAGAUGCAGAUUUCAGCAAUAGAGCUUGCGAAGAAAUUCAAUGUGACAUCCCAGCCAAGAUAUGGCAUAUGGAGGCCAGACUACUCGAACUCAAGCACGACGACUCUGAAGCUUUUGCGGGAUCAGCUCAUAAUGGCCAAAGUCUAUUUAAGCAUUGCUCAAUCCAAGAAACAUGAUCCCCUUCGUAAAGCAUUGCUGACCCGUAUUAGAGAUAUCCGGCCUCUUGUAAGAGAAGCAACUUCAGAUGCUGAACUGAAGCCAAGUGCACUGGAUCAAGCAAAACAGAUGGGUCGUGUGUUGGCUUGGGCCAAGAAGGAUCUCGAGGAUUACAGUCUCGUGGCAAGGAAGUUGAGGGCCAUGCUUCAGAUUGCAGAAGAAUCAGUUACAGCUUUCAAGAAGGAAAGCAUGUUCUUGACCCAAGUUGCUGCGAAGCUAAUCCCAAAGCCUAUUCAUUGUCUCUCACUGAGGCUUACAACAGAAUAUUUCCUUAUGUUUCCUACUGACCAGGACUCGAAAGCGAAGGACCCACGAAUUGAUGACCCAAGCCUCUAUCACUAUGCUUUGUUCUCUGAUAAUGUGCUUGCUACUUCAGUUGUUGUAAACUCUACUUUGACAAGUGCAAAGCAACCUGAGAAACAUGUUUUCCAUAUAGUCACCGACAAGCUGAACUUCGCAGCCAUGAAGAUGUGGUUCCUCACAAACCCACCUGGAGAUGCUUCUGUUUAUGUCGAGAAUGUGGAUGAUUUCAAGUGGCUCAAUUCAUCGUAUUGCCCAGUUUUGCGCCAACUUGAAUCUGAGGCACUGAAGGCAUAUUACUUUAAGGCUGAGCACCCUACCACUAUCGCGGCUGCUGAUACAAAUCUCAAGUAUAGGAAUCCAAAGUAUUUGUCAAUGCUUAAUCAUCUGAGGUUCUAUCUUCCUCAAGUGUACCCCAAGCUUGAGAAGGUUUUGUUUUUGGAUGAUGAUAUUGUGGUGCAAAAGGAUUUGACGCCUUUAUGGGACGUUGACAUGAAGGGAAUGGUGAAUGGGGCAGUUGAGACCUGCAAGGAGAGCUUCCAUAGAUUUGACAAGUAUCUCAACUUCUCGAACCCGAUUAUCUCCCAGAACUUCGAUCCAAAUGCAUGUGGCUGGGCAUUUGGGAUGAACAUGUUCGACCUCAAGGAGUGGAGGAAGAGGGAUAUGACAAGCAUAUACCACCGGUGGCAAAAUUUGAAUGAAAACCGAACGCUUUGGAAGCUUGGAUCGUUGCCCCCAGGACUGAUUACCUUCUAUAACCUGACAUAUCCCAUGGACAAGUCAUGGCAUGUUUUGGGGCUCGGUUAUGAUGCAACAGUGAAUGAGACUGAUAUUCAUGAUGCGGGCGUCAUCCAUUACAAUGGAAACUUGAAGCCAUGGCUUGAGCUUGCAAUUUCCAAGUUCAUUCCCUUCUGGACCAAGUAUGUACCGGUUGACCAUCCUUAUCUUCAACAGUGCAACGUUGUCUAGCAAGAGGACCCCAUCGCAAGUUUUCCAAUUUUCUCUAAUGGGAUGGGCAUUCUUUACCUUCAUUCUUUCAAUUCGAUCUGGGUGUACGUGUUACAGUGAUACCCCAUCAUGUAAAUUUUGAGAACCAUUAACACCACAAUUCAAAGGAAUUGAACAAUUUGUACACAUCAUUCA